AUGGCGAUAAAGGAGGGAGGUGACGGAGAGGAUGGCAAAGAGGUCGUGGAGGACAGGGUCGAUAUAAUGAAGAAUGGGGAGGCGGCGGAGGAAAAGGCGUCAGGGUCUUAUUGA